GUGAAAGCGACCUCUCAUGUACAAUAUGGCAACGAAGCCAGGGCCUACUAGUCACCAACCUACCGCUCGUCAAUCAGCCUUCUCCAAUCAUGGCUUCGGCGACUGCUAACUAUGACGCAAGCUUGGCAAGGAACCUCCACACCAGUCAUGCCCGCUUCCUGUUCGAACUUCUCCAAAACGCCGACGAUAACAGAUUUGUUGCAGUAAAGAACCGUGGUGUUGAUCCUUAUGUAGUGUUCAGCGUGUACCAAGACCGAAUCAGGAUUGAGUGUAACGAGGAUGGCUUCACACACCGCGAUCUCAAAGCCAUAUGCGCGAUCGGUCAGAGCUCAAAGAACCGCAAUUCUGGAUACAUUGGGGAAAAAGGCAUCGGCUUCAAAUACGUCUUUAUGGCCGCUUACAAAGUCAAUAUCCUGUCGAAGGAGCUUUCCUUCAGCUUCACCCACCCCAAGGGUGAUAGUGGCCUUGGGAUGGGUGAACAAGCCCCGAGUUACAUCACACUUCAUCUUCAUCAGUACGAUGAAAACAACGACACCUCUCUAUUAAAAGCGACGAGGCAGAGAGAGGAGAUUGACUGGGAGUUUGCAAACCUUCCAAUCACAGUCCUGUUUUUUCUGAGGAAUCUGCGACGCAUCGAGAUCCAGUUUCACGACGACGAUGACGAGGAGACAACGCGAGUGGAGUACUCCUUCUCCGGUUCGAAUUCGAGUACCCUUAUAGAAAGGGACAUUUACAUCCCAACAACCUUCUGCCAUGAGCCGCAACAGCUUUUACAGCCGAUCUCGAACCUGAUAGAGGAAGUCAUUGUGCCAUUUUUGCACAGACGUUACUUUGAUUGCUCCCCAGAGACACCAAUUGGCGCGGAACAAUCUUGGUCUGGUUGGCUUGAGCAUUUCCUCCUUUCUCCCAAGCUCGACUUGGUUCGCACUUAUGGUUCCGAAUGUUUUAUUGGUGCGCUUCAGCAUCACUGGACACUGCUGAAUAAAGACGACCCUAGCAGCUCGGAGUUCCUUCGCAGCCUUAGAACCCUCGACAUCACUUGCCUUGAUGGCGAGGACUACCCACUUGAAGAGACAACCUUGCCGCUGCCAGAGCUCACGGCUACUUUUCCUAUUUACAAUAACCAGGGAGACCGAAGGAGGGCUGCUCUUGGGAUCGCUGCAGCUGAAAACGGCCCAAUGCUCUGGAAAAGGCCAGAUGCUUGUGUCUGGCAAGCGCCAGGUGUUCCGUACGCUUACUCUGCCCUUGAGGGGCAAGUCAUAGAAAGUUUUUCUGCAGGUCGGGUGGAUUCUUUGAGAAGGUUUAUGAGCAAGACCUUAGGAAUAGGAAAUUGCGACCAGAACUGCUGCAUACAGGAGCUGAGGCACACGAAAGACGUCAACUGCGAUGUUUUCGAUCGGGUUGUUGAAGUUUACGGCUUUCUCAAGGACGGCGACAUGGCGGAAGGUCAAUUGAAGGACGUCAGGGCCCAUUUUAGUACGAUGCCUCUCAUCUUUGUUCCAAAUGGCAAAACAUCUGGAUGGCGUACAACAGCCGAGUGUCUAUGGUCAAGCGGGGCUAAGAUACAGGGACGAACGACUCUCAGCUCUAUCUACGAAGAUUUGGAAGACUUCUUCGUCGAAACGCUCGGAGUACAAAGACUCACUCUUGCUAUCGCGUGCGAUGAGCUUCUUAACAAGGCAAAUGAACAGCCAACAGUUACCGUCGCCGAAAUUAAAGAGACUAUCUGGUUGGUAAACACCCUCCUUCACAGUGCAACAUCGUAUCCUGACCCAGAGCAAUUGCCGGACAGUGCCAUAUUUCCCGUCGAACAUCCAACUGGGCAGGUUAGUCUCGACACUUCUCGCACAGAAUUCGUCAUCAGGGACCGUAAGCCCUUAGCCGAGAUGUUUGCUUCCAAAGUAAGGGUUCUGAACUUUUCUCUAGAUGAAUUUCAUAGGUUCGGCAACUUGUUUUCGUGGUUGGGCUUAGACUCUCGGUACCUCUCCUCUUCCGUGAAGGAGAUCUCAACUGUUGCAAGCGAUUCCCAAAUUAGAGUGCAACGUCCGGAUAGAGUAUCAGGAGAAGAGCAAGUGGAAUCUACAGGUAAGUACUGGCUAUUCCAGCUGUGCUCCAUUAAGGUCUGGGUUGCAUCUCACUUCAACAGUCCCCGUGUGGACAACACUCAUGAUCUGUAUCACGCACUCCGUGCCACCGAAGUGUAUGAAACGCAUGGAAUCUCAUCUGAGGUGCACCUUGCCCAGGAUGGGAAAGUACACAUCCACGUUAAGUCAUCAAGCGAGUUUCACAUCCGAGACACGGCUGGUCGAUUGCGGAUAUACAUCCCCUUGAACACAGAAAGGCAGGACUUCUGUUAUCACUCGAGUCUUCCAAGACGACUUCUAGAGUGGGUGAUGACAGAACCGGAAACACAAAUCUGCGGUGGGAUACCGCACCGAGCCUUCAGUGCAAUGAGCUCAGCUCUCAAUGCACCGAUCCAAAGCGUGUCUCGGAUCCUAGAAGCAGAAGGCAUCAUCGACGUGGGAGCUAUCGAAGAUGAUCAAGACCAGGAGUUCAGAGGGGUUGUCGAUGCUUCUCCGCCACCUGCUGAAGCCCCUCAACCCGAAGGGUUUGCGGUAGAGAUGCCCCUAAGGCCUUUCCCUUUAACAGGUUCUCGUUCUAUUUCCGGACCUCCUGUUACGCGUCCUACGUUUACGCAGCAGACAAGUACUACCACUUCACCUGACAGCAACAGAAGUUAUCCCUUGCAGCCGGAUUCAGCUGUCGGCACAGCUGCCGCACCCCCAGUAUCACAGAUCUUCCAUUUUGGGCAAACACCGACGGCCCCCGCUGCUACGACCCCGCCCAUAUACAACGCGUUCAAUGCAGAGUAUUUUGAGGAUACUCAACAAUGUCAUCUUCGCAGCGCGAAGUAG